AUGGAGAGACAUGACAUCCAAAAGCUUUGUAUACACUAUUUAAGAGCUAUUAAUAGGUACCGAGAAGAAGGUCGUCCUAUAGUGUAUAUGGAUACAUACAUCCACUCAACACAUACCACACGCAAAAGUUUGAGUGAUGAUUCGAAGGAAGGUGUUAAGCAGCCCACAUCAAAAGGAAAUCGUCUAAUUAUUGUGCAUGCUGGUGGUGAGUGUGGUUUUAUUCAAGGGGCUGCUUUAGUUUUCAAAUCUGGUGUAAAAACAGGCGACUAUCACGACGAUAUGUCAUUUGAAAAUUAUAGUAAAUGGUUUGAAAACAAACUAAUACCAAAUCUUCCUCCACAAAGUGUUAUAGUGAUAGAUAAUGCACCUUACCACAAAAAACCUGAGAAAAAUUAG